AUGUUGCCGUCGCCUUCGCCUUCGCCUUCGCCGCCGCGGGAGCACGUGGAGAGGAUCCGCCGCGAGAGGUUCUUCAUGGACAUGCACCAGGCGGUGAACUACCUCAGCCAGGAAAUCUACUCCAAGGACGUCCACUUCCUCAUGGAGCUCAUCCAAGUAAACUUUCCUGAAAUCCUACUGUUUCUCACAAAGAUAAGGCAGCUUUCUGUCCGAGAAGAUAAUUGUGAUCCAAAAUGCAGCGCAAUAAGUGAGAUAUCCAUGGAGAGUGAAAAGAAUUACCAAGUGAGGAAGAACAUACAUGCUGAGUCAUACACGCUCCAUUUGUCAGCUCAAGAGAAUACUCAACAUGAAGAGUGUGGAUAUUACAUGUGGAGGCAAAAGUUCCGAGUCAAACCGGAGAAUAGAGUGGAUAAACGUGCUGAUAUAGAUGAGUAUGUGAUCACACUGGCCUUCCCACAUGGCCAGCGUCUAGCCCGGGGGAAACGGAUUUUGCCAGGUGUCUAUGCUUUUCUUCCUACUGAGAUUUUAACAAACUUCCCUUUCAUCAUUCAGGCUGAUUUCCUCCUUGCAUCCUCAAGAGAGACAAUACUUGUUGAUAGCAUGUGGAACAAGGGAAUUCUUGAGUGUGUUCCGAGCGCUUUCCUGAAUGCAUUUGUAGCACUUGUGAAGUCGAGAGCUGAUUAUCCAGCAAUGUCACUGCCAUCCAUGUUCAACUUCCUACCAGUGCAUCCUUCACAUGUACCAUUUCUAGAGCCACUUAGGUGUGUCAUCAAAGAAAAGGUUCUUGCUGAGGAUAUUAUGCCAUGUGAGUCUUAUACUCUGCAGAAGAUGUUUUGCAAACCAGGUGAAGUUGGGCGGCUCAAGCCAGACUUCUGGGCUAUCCUCAGGAAAGCACAAGAAGCUGGAGUGGAUUUGAAGAAUCUAUCAGCUCAUGGAACCUACAUUGUUAGUUGUCAUUUUGAUAAGAGUAUAUACGACAAUGUGUUUUCAUUUCUGGAUGUAAAAGGUGUGAGUGCCGAAUGGUAUGCGAAAUGCAUUGAAGGGUCCAAUCUUGCCGAUGAGCUACCUGAAGACCUUUAUAUUGAACUUCUACAUUUUGUGGCAACAAAUUGGGACAGUCUUUUGAGUGCAAGAAUGAAAUCUAUUCCCUUACUGAAGUAUGUUGACAGUUAUGGUGUUUCCUCUUUCUGGAGCAUAUCAAGAGCUGGUCAGUCUAGUGACAGACUAUGCAUCUCUCAGAAGUUCAUACAAUGGCUCGUCAACUGGAACCAGGAGUUUCCCUCUUGCAAACAGUUUUUUCUUCCCCUCAGUACACACAGAGCUCUGUUUAAGUUCUCUAAGUACGAUUUUUUGGUAAACUGGCUUCGGAACUGUGUGAACGUGCAGGUUGUCUCUGUCUAUAGCUAUGGACUUAACAUUGCUAAAUCUUUGGACUCUGACCGCAGAUCUAUAGUCGCAUUCGCCCACUUCUUAUACCAUUCAUUUAAGAUUAGCCACAUAGAGAAUAAAUACUUUCUGAUAGAGCUGUGCCGUUCCAUGCCGAUCAUUAACAUCUAUGGGAAGGUGGUGAAGACAAAAAACAUUGUUCUUGUUCCUGCUAAGGGCAGCAAAUGGGUCAGGUUAAUGGGCACCAACCCAUGGAAGGAUGAGAAAUACACAGUAUUGGCAGCAGACUACAUGUCUUCGGCUAAUUUUGCCAGGAACACCACACCUGAUGGCCAGCUCUUGAAAUUCUUGACAGAGCACCUGCCGGUCUUAGAUGUACCAUCUGUAGACCCUCCAGAUGCAAGCUUCCCUACAGUCUCAUCGCCAUUAACCGUUGAUAAUGCAUUAUUGCUCUUGGAGUGGCUACAGAAUCUCAAGUCUCGUGGAGUAAAACUGCCAGCCAAGUUUGUGGAUUGUAUCAGUAAGGGAAAUUGGCUGAUGACAUCUGCUGACUACAGAUCACCUAGCGAAUCGUUUAUGUCCAGUGCAGAGUGGACAGGUCUUCUGCAAAUUGGAUCUUCGUUUGUUGACAUACCAAUCAUUGAUCAGCAAUUCUACCAAAACAAGCUGCGUCUGUAUAAUGAGGAACUCAAAGCAAUUGGGGUGAGAUUUGAAUUUAAUGAGGCAUCCGUGUACAUUGGUAGUCACCUGAUGUCCAUUGCUGAAAGCAAUAUGCUAACCAGAGAUAAUGUGUAUUCACUGCUUCAGCUGAUUCGGUUUCUGCAAGAGAGCAAUCUGCCUACAGGUGCUCUCGUUGACAGUGUGAGUAGCGGAGAAUGGAUGAAGAGUACUCUUGGCUAUAGAUCUCCAGCUAAUUGCAUUAUCUACGACUCAGACUGGGCAGUGGCAUCAUGUAUCAGUAUCCUACCAUUUCUUGAUGUACAGUUCUAUGGAGAAAACAUUCUUGACUAUCAACCAGAGCUUGAGUUGCUUGGUGUUCUUGUUGGAUUUGAAGAUGACUAUAUAGUUGUGAUUGAUAACUUUGAGUUCAGUUCCAAUGCUAUUUCUUCAGAGGCAACUGUACUAAUCCUGAAAUGUCUCCGUUAUGUGAGCCCAUGUGAUGAUUUCAUAACUAAACUCAAGGAUAUAAAAUGGAUAAAGACUAAUGUAGGAUUUUGUGUUCCAAGUAAAUCAUUUCUCAUUGAGCCUGAAUGGGAGUGCCUUCUGAAGGUCUUUGAUGAAGUACCCUUAAUUGAUCUGGGGUUCUAUGGGGGUGUCAUCAGUCUAUACAAAGAAGAGCUGAAGAAGACUGGGUUGAUUGCAGGACACAUGGAGGCUUCAAAUGCUCUAGCUGAUCUUUUCAAGCAGAUGGUGUCAAAAUCAUCGCUCACCAAAGCAAAUGUCCUUGCAUUGCUUGCAUCCUAUCGACAAUUGAAGUCACAUGAGCCAUCUCCCAUGAAGCUUUUCAACUGCUUGCGUGACGAGAAGUGGCUGCACACAUCACAUGGAUUCAGGAGCCCAUCAGAUGCUAUUCUCUUUGAUGAGUCAUGGUGGUUGUUAUCUCCCAUUGCAAGCUUACCCUUCAUAGAUGAUGGGGACUCCUGCUAUGGCUUAGGAGCGGAGAUAUAUGAUUACAAAGAUGAGCUCAAGGAUUUAGGUGUCACUGUGGAAGUGAAAGAUGGUGCUAGCUUUGUCAUACUGAAUCUUAGGAUUCCCAAUGAUCAGUCAGCCAUACCUGCAUAUACUGUACUGUUCUUGCUUGAGUGCAUCCAGAGUUGGAUAGCUUGUCGGGUUUCUCUUCCUAAGGAUUUCCUGGACAAAACAUGUAAGAAUUGGUUAAAGACUACCAUGGGAUACAAAUGUCCCAAUGAAUGCCUCCUCUUUGAUCACAAACAUUCUUCCAUCCGCAUGCAAGAUGGCCCUUUCAUCGAUGAAACAUUUUAUGGUUCAGAUAUUCUGUCACUCAAAGAUACCCUAGCGGCAAUUGGAGUAGUCGUUGAUGUUGAAAAUGGAUGUGAUCUUGUUGCUCAGCAUAUGAAGCUCCACGCAUGUAGUGAGACAAUAUCCUGUAUUUACAUGUACCUCAUGGAUUGCAAUUGGAAGCCUGGAAACAACACUAACAAUUGGAUUUGGAUACCAAGUGGAAUCCAAAGUGGAGAAUGGGUGAGCCCUGCAAAUUGUGUUCUUCAUGACAGGGACAAUCUUUUUUGCUCAAAGCUACAUGCUUUGGACAAACAUUACAACAAAAAGGUUCUCACCUUCUUUGCACUUGUUCUUGAUGUGAGGGUUAAUCCAAAUGCUGAAGACCACUGUAAACUUUGGAGUACUUGGGAGGCCUCAGUUAGUGAGUUGGCAAUAGCUGAUUGCUCAGCAUUCUGGGGGUUCGUCUUGGAGAACUGGACCAAAGCCACAGAAAAGCUUCUCUCUGCAUGUGUCACAAAGGUUCCUGUUUUCAAUGAAGGAAAGAUUGUCCUGUCAAAGAAGGAGGAUAUCUUUAUUCCUGAUGAUCUACUACUCAAAGAUUUGUUUGACAAGCUCCAUCAGGGAUCAAUCUUCAUUUGGUAUCCUCCUGCAAGCCUACCUUACAUGUCUCUAGCAAGGUUUAACUGCAUCUACAGUAGCAUCGGUGUUCGGACAAUCUCUGAAGCUGUCGAGUGGAAUGGAUCAUUCACCUUGGGAGACACUGACUUGCGAGAAGUUGAUGUAAGUUCUGUGAUCAAACAUGGUUUACUCCAGAUAGUCACUGCCUUCCUUGCCAACCCUGUUCUUGAAAUUCCUGCCAAAGAGAGGCAUAAGAUGGUUUCCCACCUUCUGAGUGUCACAAUCCUAGAAACAAACAUGCCGAUCACUGCAGAUUACAGUGUGAAACUAUCUUCGGGGAGGCGUGUGGCUGUGAAGGCCAGCCGAAUGCUUCGGUGGGAGAGAGAUGAUUCCAAGCUAGACAUCAGAUGUGACCAAGAAGCUGGUCACAGAGGAAAUAUCGAGUUUGCAACGUGCUUUGCUGAUGAGAUAUCUCAGGGCUUGCUGUUUGAGAUGGAAGAUCAGAUCCCUGAGCUCACUGAACUCAUCAAAUUCGGCUACUUGUUGGGCUUCCACGACUCUGCCGUCGAGUUCUUGCUGAAGUCCAAGAAUCUGCAGCCUUUCCCCGAGGACGAAGAGUUUUUGGAUUCUGCAAUGUGGUGAUAGGAUCAUUCUGCUGAACACUGAAGGUGGCAUCUAGUUUCUGCAUUGUAUAUAUUUUUGGUGGUAGGUUAACAGUGGCAACAGGACCUGCUAGUGUUCUUCAGAAUUCGCUCUUCAGCCGGGCAAGAUCCAGUGCUGCAUUUGGAGGUUCAGGAUGGAACAGUUCCUGUGGUUACUGAUUUGUCCGUAGUUCAGUAGUGUAAUGUCAGCUUUUGCUUACUAGCUUUCUAGACUGUGUCAAGCAUGUGGUUGCAGACUGCAUUUCCUUCGGUGUAUUCUGUUAGGUUAUUACUGAUAUCGUUCAAAUCUCCACGACCUA